ACAGGGGGUUGACAUCGCCCUCGGUGCCCGCCCUGACCCAGGUUAGGAUGGCAGGCCAGGCUCCCGUGCCCUCGUCCUGCGACUGUUUUGUGGCCCUGCCACCGCACACGGCGUCCCCCGCUGUCAUCUUCGGCAAGAACGCCGAUCGUCCCCGGGACGAGGUGCAGGAGAUCGUCUAUGUCCCCGCUGCCACCCACCGUCCUGGGGACAAAGUCCAGUGCACGUACCUGGAGAUCGAGCAGGCGGAGCGCACUCACGCCGUGGUGCUGAGCCGCCCCGCCUGGCUCUGGGGUGCCGAGAUGGGCGCCAACGACUGCGGCGUCUGCGUGGGCAACGAGGGCGUGUGGACCCGCGAGCCCCUGGGAGAGACUGAGGCGCUGCUGGGCAUGGACCUGGUGAGGCUGGCUUUGGAGCGGGGCGGCUCUGCCCGGGAGGCGCUGGAGGUGAUCACGGCUCUGCUGGAGCGCUACGGCCAAGGCGGGAGCUGCAAGGAGGAGCCGGUGCCCUUCGUGUACCACAACACCUUCCUGCUGGCCGACCGCACCGAGGCCUGGGUCCUGGAGACGGCCGGGCGCUACUGGGCGGCCCAGCGGAUCCGCGAGGGCAGCCGCAACAUCUCCAACCAGCUGAGCAUCGGCAGCGACAUCACGGCGGAGCACGCGGGGCUGCGGGAGCGGGCGCGGGGCCGGGGCUGGUGGAGCGGGCACGGAGAGUUCAGCUUCGCUCGGGUGUUCUCCCUGGAGCAGCAGCCCCCGCGCAUGGAGGCUGCCAAGGCGCGCUUCCAGGCCGGGAAGGAGCUGCUGCAGCAGCACGCAGAGCGGGGCCAGCGGCUCCUGCAGACGCUGCGGGGGCUGGAGCAGCAGGGCCUGGAGGGGAUGAGGGAGCUGCUGCAGGGCACCGUGCCCCCCUGCCCCGAGGAGCUGGCUGACCUCUUCUUCGACUGCGUGGAGGCCGAGAUGAAGUUUUACACCUAAACCCCACACAGGAUAUUUGGGAUAACUGCCCAUUCCCCGCUCCUUUGGCACCAGGCUCCUUCUCCAGAGCCUUGCCUGGGGGCUGGAUGGCGCCAGGAGCUCG